GCAGGCAAGAUCGUGUAUCACGUUAUCGUAAUAUAUAUUCUAUUGAAUGAUUUUAGUCACAUCGUAAAUACGUCUUGUUCUGUCAAUAAAAACAUCAUUAGAGUUUGUGUAGGUCAAAGUUGAAUAAUUUUUUGAAGUUUCAUAUUAUAGAUUGAAUAGAAAUUGUUUUGGUGCAAGUGACAUGUUUUCUCAAAAACGGUAUCUUGAUUAUGUGUAUCUACCAGCAAACAUAGCCAAUCUACUAUGUUUCACCGCUGGUACUGUAUUAACUUGGUCGGCUCCAGUGUCAGACGACCCUGUUGAUAUUACCGUGGGCCCAUUUGGGAGAGAAAUAACUCUUGAGGAGUCGUCUUGGAUAUCAUCUCUUCCUCUUUUCGGUGCUGCACUUUGCCCCUUUCUAUUUGGAUAUAUGGCAGAUAGAAUAGGAAGGAAACCAACUUUACUAUAUCUAGCAAUUCCCUAUUUUGCUGGUUAUAUGAUGAUGUCUUUCGGAGCGAAUGUGAAAAUGUUCUGUUUAGGGAGAUUUAUUACUGGAAUUGGUGUUGGGGGCGUUUUCACAGUACUGGCAAUGUACAUAGGAGAAAUAUCAACGAAAAACAACAGGGGCAUACUCACCACUUCCAUGACAUCGUUCUUUUGCCUGGGGAUGUUUUUUUCGGUGUGUAUUGGGCCAUUUGUGUCAUCGAUGAUAUACAAUUUGGUUUUGGCAGCACCGUCUCUGAUUUUUCUGGUCGCAUUUUAUUAUUUCGGAACGGAAAGCCCUUACCAUUUAGUUUCUAUAAAACAGAAUGAUCUGGCAAAACAAGUUUUGAAAAAACUCGGAAGAACUCCUGAAGAAUUGGAAGAGGAAUUUCAGGAGAUUCAAACAAGUGUACAAGAUUUGAAAGAGGAUUUUAAUGUUUUAGAUAUUUUCAGAUCCAAACCCCUUAUCAAAGGUCUUGUAAUAUCGACAAGCCUGCUGGUGUUUCAGCAAUUAUCUGGAAUCAAUGCAGUCAUUUUCUACAGUCCGGAUAUCUUCAAGGAAUCAGGAACGAUAUUGAAACCAGAAUAUUGCACAAUCAUUGUUAUGGCCAUCCAGUUCUUGAGCAGUUUCGUCACUCCUUUCAUAGCUGAUAGGUUUGGCAGAAAAACCAUUCUUCUUUAUUCCAUCAUUGGAAUUGUUAUCUCAGAGGUACCCCUGGGAGUGUAUUGCUGUUUGGAGAGCCAAGGAAUCAACGUCAAAUCGUUCUCCAGUAUACCAGUCAUAACGCUAACAGCAUAUUUGAUUUUUCUCAACAUAGGCUUAGGACCAUUGCCUUGGACUAUUUUGGCCGAACUUUUUCCUCCCAAAUUUAAAUCUUUCUCAACAGCUGCCGUAUCGACCUUCAUUUGGGCCAUAGCAUUCGUUUUUACCCUUUACUUUGAGAAAGCUAUAGAAGUUUUCGGUCUGGGACCGCUGUUUUUAUUUUUCUCAACAUGUGCCAUUAUUGGAGUAAUUUUCACCAUUUUUUGUGUGAUAGAGACGAAGGGUAAAACGUUACAAGAGAUACAAGAUUUACUCCAUAAGUAGUCUA